UGAAAAAUCCGUCCUGUCGUAUGAAAAUGGCGAUUUGGGAAAACCCCAUGACACGCAAUUGCUACACAAUGCGUUAGGAAAAGCUCCAGGGGAGAGGCACACGCCUAGGGGCGUAGCGCACAGCAAGUUACGAGUAUUGAGGACCUAUGCCAUGGGAACAUUGAUGUGCAUCUGUUUAAAGAAAGUAGAAUUACUCAGUGUAAAGUGUAGCGGAAAACUUUCAUUGCAGUGAUAAUGAGCAUUAUUCCAUGAUCCCGUUCUGGCUCGGAUGAAAAAUCUACGCUUCAGUAUCCUUCAUCGUGGUAUACACACGCACAUAGCGCGCUGUAUUUGUAGUGCAUUUCACUAAGACCGAGGAUGUAUAAGUGAGCCAAUCGAAUGACGUUUCUAGUGAGCUGUGCAGAAAAGAAAAUAAAAUAAUCGAGUAAAGGAUUGCUGUCAAAUUAGUCGACGAUCGUCGCAGGAUAAUCGAGCACCAACACAAUCGCAACUCGGCGCAAGGAAAAAGCGCGCUAAUCGUCGAAAAGAGGCCGUACAGCAGUUCCCGUCAAAAUAAACAUUAAAGCGGCUGGUGUGUCUUCCAACUGGUAGCCGUGAAUAUCCUUUUUUCGCAGAAGUGUUUCAGUGUUUGGUGAAAUUAAACUUGCCACGAUGUGAGUAUGCGUGUACCGUAAUCCAAUGUAAAUGGUGCCAUCGUGUGACGGCUGUGUCAGCAAGUGCUGGAUAGCAGGGCGAGGCGUAGUUGACCUAGCAAGUGCAUUGGGGUGAGUGCUGGUGUGUUGUGCAAACAGACCGUGGGCAGAACUGUGUGGUGUGACUUUUCCAUCGCUCAAUCUAACGAGCGGCCAAUUUACCGUUCUUCCAGGUUUGGUGUGUUCCAUUUAUUGUGGGAUGUUUUUCUCCGGAAAGUUAAACCUCUUUCAUUGACUUUGACCUGUGUUGAAAUGGCAUUGCCGUCCUUGUUUAUAUGUAUCCUCAACCAAUGAAAACGUGCUCACAACUAGUGGUGCCGUAGAUCCCAUCUAGUAUGUCCUUCAAAAAGAACCAGUGAGAAAUAGUUAGGAAAUGUAAAGGCAUAGCUAAACGGAACCGGAAAUAGUUACCGUAUACGCUCGCUUCUGAAGUUGUGAUUUGAUGCGGUGCACUGUGGUGUCACGGAGGACAAAUUUCUUGAAGGAUUACAACCAUCCAGCUUCGUUCUGCACCCGAUUGGAAUCGACACAGCCCCGUCGGCAAGAUGCAUUACCGUCACGAGGACAUUCCCAUGCAGCACACGCGAAACCACACACCAGUGGCGAGCUCCGAUGCCAAAUACGAGCAGUCCAUCGUUUGGCCAUUUCUCAUCCAGAAUGCCAUGGAAAACCCUUUGUGCACCUCGACGACGGCGACGAACUCGACAGUGUCCGUGCUGCUGUGGACGACAAUUGCCGUGUUCGGCAUUGUUUACACGCUGCUAGGAUAUCGGUGCCUUCGUGCGAUUGGCUUCCUUACCGGGCUGGCCGCCGGUGCCGGCUGCAUAUUGUUGCUGCAAAAUAAAAACAUUACCAGUUUUGGCAACCUUGCAGCUCCUGCGUUGGCUGUCGUCGCAGGACUGUUCGGUGCCGUGCUUGGUUCAACACAUCCCAUUUCGUCCACCCUGAUCGGGGCAGCGGCUGGCGCACUGGUAGCAGGGGCAACGAUCGCGGCGUGCAUAGCCACCUUACCUCAUUACACGUUUGGAGAGAAUGAGUUGCUCGUGUCCGUCGUCGGUGGAGCCAUAAUCUGUGCGAUCGUUACGCUGUUCUGUCCUAAAUUCAUGUCCAUCGUCGCAUCAAGUAUCAUCGGCUCGGCGAUGAUCCUGUGUUCGAUCGAUUUCUUCAUGCACGGCCUAAACACGAUGGAUUGGAUCUUCAACAUGAAACCGGACCCAACGCCGCCUCCGUGCUGGGGUGGCGUAAUAUUGUGCUGUUGGCCUAUCGCAUCCGUUCUUGGUGUCCUCGUGCAGUGCUUCGUCACCGCGUGGAAGAUUGACCACCGCCGCCAGCUGCAUCAUCGCCGGAGACGGCACUACAAGGGCCGGUCGGGGUCGCGGUCGCGUGAAACCCGGGAGGAGGCUCGGCAGCGGAAGUACCGCUACCUAUACCAGGUGCGCACCGCCCGAGGGGACAUCAUUUCGCAGAACUUUGUGUCCGCCCUGCAGAAGCACGUGACGACGGAUUCUGGCCCACCGUCGGAGGUGUCAACGAAGACCGGCUCGAAUGACCGCAAUACUGCCCGCAGCGACCGCACCCACCUCACCAACCUGGCCGACUCCGAUUUCGAUAAGAUGGACUCGAGCUGCGAGAAGCGUUGACAGAAGCUGUCGGCGUCGGGCAAGAAGUAGUACCGGUCCGGUGGCAGCGGCCAGCAACGGAGCCGAAGCGAGCGCCUGUCCCGGCAGUACUCGAGCCGCAGCAUUGCCAACGAAAUCGAUCGCGAGAUGGCGUUGGCCAUCGGCGGGGUGCAGGAUUGCUACCUGCCACCCCACUGAUUUUCCACGCGCUCAAAAUAUUUUCUUCGGUUUUGCGGGGAUUUAAAAUUUAACGUAUUAUUUACAUUGUAGCUGUGAGGGAAAAAAAUGAUAGUUUUUUUUUGUUUCUGAGGAAGGAAAAAUGACGAGGUGAUAGACAUAGAGAGAUAGGCGAUAAAAGAGUUACCGAAUACCAAAACGUUUAAAAGGACGAAUCUAUGGCCCCAACCAAUGAUGAAGAAAGGUUACCGUUGCGUGGGGAAAGUGAGAAAGCAACAAAAUUGUUACAAGUGUCCAGCGCGACAAAAGGCGACAUACAAACAUUUAUCUACGAAAUCUACGCUUCUUUUUGGGACUAAUUUCUAGAAGACAAAAUCAAUGCGGGAACAAACGCAACAAUUGCAAACUCAGCGCUCCGAGAGCAAUAGAAAAUUGACCAUCGAGCUAAGGAUUCUCGAUCGUUAAGGCCAGUGUGAGUGAAAGAGUGGCAGAUCGGCAAAAUGUAGAAACAGACAGGGACAAAAAACUGGCCGAGGGAGCUUUCAGUUUUCUUUCCCUCUAAAUGUGCUGUAAGUCUUUAGCGACUAACAAUUUUACAAACUUUAACCAUUUACCAACGAUGUAAUGACACGCGGAAAUCGAAUUUGCAUGUGAAACGAUGCAAGGUCAAAGUGCGAAGGGCAAACAAAAAAGGGAAAUGGAUGAGAAAAAUAAAACAACCCGCAUCCGUUGCAUCGGCGAAUAUCUUCCCAAAAUUGAAUACAAUUCAAGAUUUAAAAUGUAGUAUGCUAAUGAAUAAUCUAUUAACAGUAAGAAAAACACAAGAUUAAAGUAACAAUUUAAUUAAAGUAAGUAAAAUGCCACAUUUAUAAAGACGAAGUACGGGCACGCCACCCCUUGGCGUGUGACACGACUGUUAAUCUGAUGUCAAACUAAUCGCAGCAAACCGUAAACGAUGCAAAACGAUUGCGUAAUCAAAUGCCACACUAUAAAAUAGCGACGAACGAUACGCACACGCAAGAAAAAAAGGCAAGCAUUUAAAAAUAGUCAUUUAACCGAUUGACAUGGCAGUAAAUUAAACUAAAGAAAGAAAUUGAAAACGAGUUAAGUCACACUCGACAGAUGUGUCAGUAUAUUAGAAAAGCUGUUGGGAAGUGGGUGAAAGUGGCUACGGCACUUCAAAGGCUUAGUAAUAUCAGUCAAAGCUGGUGAUGAGGGAAGUUAAAGAAUAUUUAUUUUCGAGUGCAACCGAGUGAUGCAGAAAUCAAUACAAAGAAAGGUAACUGAACCGUCUGGAUGGAGGGUUUAUCCCGGGGAUACGAGUGAUGGAUGCAUUUAAGUUAUUUUUAAAGAAAUACCUUAAACUGAUGAUGACGAGCAUGACACAAAAAUAAAGUAUGUACGGUUGUUAUCGGAUCUAUAACUAAACAUAACAAACGAACAUGAAUCAAAAGCAAAUAAUGUCAAAACAUAAAUAAACAAAAUUAAAAUUUGCUGCCCCUGAAUAGUGCACACAAAAAUGUGUGUGUGUGUGUAAAUUGGAAUCAAAUUUACAGUAACACGCAAGUGAUGCUAUUCGUUCAGUGUGGUUUACAGUGUAUAGUUCGAGUUAGUGUGACUACUUGCUGUUCCGUUCUGUGUUAUAUUUUAAACACCUUCCCAACCAGUGUUCCGUAUUCGUUACCAAAUAUCAACCUAAUGCCAGUGUUGUUCAUUUAUCGAAACACAAUCUAAGACAAAAAAAAAAUGAAACAAAUAUUCUACCUAAUAACCUAGAGGAUUUACUGUACGUGCAAAAAGUAAACAUUAUUUGUAUUGUUUUUGAUUGUUUUUUAUCCGGAAGGUGGCAGAAAACCGUUCGGACAGGGGCGAGAAAAGUAUCUCAAACAGGACACAAAUCCAAAGGACGGCGGCGAUAUUGAUAGCAUAGAGUCAGAUAAAAAAACAAGUAUCCAAAUUAGAUUUAUUUCGCAACGUUAAGCCAGCAUGGGACGUUUUUUCUAAUGUUACGCUCUGUGAAACGGAACUGUGAAACAAUAACGCGAAUCUGUAAAGGAUCGAUAAGACAUGGAUUUAAGCAGGAUGGAUCGAAUAAAAUUUGAUUUUAACCUACGUUGGAGUAAAGAAAUGCCGGGGGCGAAGCAUUUGCUGCCGGAACAUUUAGCAUUUGGCAGAGUACGGGAGACA